AUGGCAGAACCUGUUUCCCCUCAACGGGAAUUAUCAUAUGCAUUAUCUGUUCAUUCCAUAACUAGUAACCCUUCAGACAAUAUCUCAACUAAGGCAAUAUAUGAAAGUGAAAAUAUAGAAUUUCCCUUAUCUAGACCGAUAUCGAGAGGUUCCGUUACAUCCAAUUUUUCAAUGAAUGCAUCAAAGGAUGGUAUCGAAGGAAAUAACCCAAAACGGCUAGGGAUUCCUUCUUAUGCUACUUCUAUGUUAAGUGCAAUGACAUUGUCUCAUAAUACAAAGGUAAGAAAAUUUAAUAAUAGUAAUGGUAGUAGUGGCUCUACAGUAGCAGGAAAUGGUAUAUAUAAGAUGAAUAAUACUACGACAUCACCUGAUGAUAUAUUUAAUGACGUGACAUCUGUGACAUCUACACCUGGCUAUCCUGAUACGCCAAUGUCCCCACCAAUGACACUUCGUGAAAAGAUGAGAUUAUUAAAUAUAGAGAGAACUAUCCCCGUUUUAAUUGACGAAUCAUCAGAGUCAUUAGAAGCUGCACUUACGUUACAUUCAAGUGAUAUAAUGACAUCACAUUCGAUGGAUAAUGUCGUGAAAUAUUCUGGAAGGCAACAACAACAUAAUACUCAUUUGCUACAUCCACAUAGUCAUAAAUGGACUCCUUACAACAAUAAUUAUUAUAGCAGUACCAGCAAUUCUAAUACUCCCUCAGCAAACUUAGACACAGCAUUGAAUUCAAAUAUAAAUUUACAACCUUUUCAUUUACGCGAAAAUGAAUUACAUAUACCUUCACCUGUUAUUACUAGUGAACUAGAUAGUAUUGCAAGUACACUAGGUGAUGAUGUAUCAUAUAUGCGUGGAUUUAGCAAAAAUCCAUCACAUAUAAUAUCACCAACUGAAUCUUAUGAAGAAAUGUAA